UAAAUAUUAAUGUACAUGUAUCCCUUUGCAGCCGUGGCAGUUUUGUUGGUGUUGGCGAAUGUUUUUAUAUUGUAACUUUUAUCUUUCACUUACAAAUGGCAGCGGAAAAGAGCUUGCCCGUUCAGUUAUAUGGGACAUCAUCACUGUGUUUUGAUAAAGAUGAUUUCAUGAAGGAUGACUUUUCUGUGGACAACUUUGUUCGGGUUCAUCAAGCAGCUGGCAGUGGAGGCCUUGAGAGCUUGCGUGAUGAUCUGGGAGUUUACCUCAAGAUACUGCGAAAUGCAAUGAUUGAACUCAUCAACCGUGACUAUGCUGAUUUUGUCAACCUGUCUACUAAUCUUACAGGACUAGACAGACUAAUUGAAGCCCUAAAGACACCACUUGGGCAACUCAGGGAAGAGGUUCUGAUCAAUGAGAAAUUGUUUUAUGGGGAGCCAUCCAACACCAGGUCAAAAUAUGUCUGCAUUUUGAAGGACAGUGACUCAGAAUCGGAGGUAGAUGACCCAGAAUUGCUUAAUAAUGGUGAUGAGUACUUUCCACCAGAUGCAGAGGUAUCAAGUGAUGAGGAGGAAGAAAGGCCAGCCAAAAAGCAGAAAUUAGUCAAGAAAAAGAAAGGUAUUAUGAUCGAGGAGUACCCUGAUGAGGAACAUAUUUAUGACGGGCUUGCUCUUCAAGGUGAACCUCAGUGGUCCCAGGUUGACCUCCAAAAUGACCCUUUGCCAGUAUAUGAAUAUGAAAAGCCUCUUGAAAUUAGGUCUCCAUAUGAGUAUUUUUGUGAUUUCUUUACUUCAGACAUGGUAGAUAACAUAGCAUAUCAAACAAAUUUGUAUACCAAACAAAAAAGCAUAAUUAAUAAUUUUGCAACAGAUUCUGAAGAGAUCAUGAGGUUCAUAGGUGUUUUGUUGUUGAUGGGUAUUGCUCCAUUACCAGCAAUCAAAGACUAUUGGACAAGUACAUUUAGGAUGCUCCAGGUUGCAGAAGUCAUGGGGUCUAAGAGGUUUAGGUUACUUAGACGUACUAUUCAUUUCAAUGACAACACACAAAAGGAUAAUGACAGAUUCCACAAAAUAAGGCCUCUUUACACUGCACUAACUAAUGCUUGCUUGAAAGUUCCAGCUACACCUAAGCAAUCUAUUGAUGAAGUCAUGGUUGCUUUCCAGGGUAAAAACCACUGGAAACCUAAGGCAGUACAUUAAAACCAAACCAGACAAGUGGGGUUUCAAACUUUUUUUUCGUGCAAGUGAAGAUGGAAUUAUACAUGAUAUACUCAUGUAUCAAGGCACUCCAACUUUUGACAGCCAUCCCAUAAAGCUUCCACAGGAAGACACUAAACUACCAAUAAGUUCAAAGAUUGUUCUGGUACUUGCAACAACUCUGAACAAGACCAACACAUCAGCAAUCUAUGCUGACAAUUUCUUUUCAAGUCUACCUCUGGUCAAGGUACUAAGUGAUAAUUAUAACUGCAGAUACACUGGAACAGUACAUGAAAAUAGAUGUGGUAAGCCAGAUCUGAUUCCUGCCAAACAAAUGGAAAAGAACAAUAUGGACAGGGUCAAUUUUAGCUUCAAAACCAAUGAUGGUGUCCUUGUUGUAAGAUGGAAAGACAACAGAGUUGUGACUUUAGUGACAAGUGAUGUAAGGGUCAGUCCUGUGAGUCUUGUUGAAAGAUAUAACAAGGCUACAAAGAUCAAAACCCAGUUACAGUGCCCUGCAGUCAUCAAUAACUAUAAUGCACACAUCUGUACACAUCUGCACACAUCUGCAUGCAUCUGUACAAAACACCAAUGAAAUCUAAACGUUGGUACAUGCAGCUAUUUGCCUAUGUUCUUAAUCUUUCAGUUGUGAAUGCAUGGCUUCUUUACUGCCGUGACUGUCGGUCACUAAACACCAAGUGCAUGCAACUGAAGUUUUUCAGGAAUGAAAUCUCUGUCAUUGCAAGGUCUAAUGGACAAAAGUUUAGAUGCAGCAGCCUAAGAACAUCUACAAGAGCUUCACCAAGUACUUCCAAUGGUGACAGCAAUCAUUUGCCAAACCUGCAAUUGCCAUUUGGUCUGCUGUACCAACGUACAGAAAGGCCUGAUGAUAGUGUGAGGCUUGACAAAGCUCUAAAUCACUGGCCAGUGCUAGGCAAGCUGCUUAGUUGCAAGUAUUGCAGCACCUCGAAAAAAUUUGUCACAUCCUCAUUCCACUGUUCUGUAUGCAAAGUAAAUCUGUGCAUAAAGAAGGAUAAAAAUUGCUUCACAGACUUCCCUUCUUGCAAUUAGUAAUAUAGAAUGAUUGCUCUUCCUCAUGAAUCUCAGCAAUAUGGGACUUGAAAGUUUUAUCCCUUUGCAAUGUGUCCAUGUUGCUAUUUGUUUCAUUUUUAUAUUUUUCUAAUACUUACAAAAUGUUUUGAUACAAGUUCCAUUUAAGUUUUUGAUAUUGUCUGUUUGUAUAAUAAAUUUAAAAAAUAGUUA